AAUAAAUAAACAACUGGUGUGGGCUGCAGUGCUGUGGCUUUGGGGCAAACGGUUGUGCCAGGGCUGGGUGGUGUUUUGCAGCCCAAACCCUGUGUCUCCCCAAAAACCCAAAUCCAAGUGUUCCUUUUAAUGAAACAAAUUGAAAAAUGACAGCAGCAAAGCUCAAGGCAAGCCAUAACAGGAAAGGAAGGCUUAAAAAUUAAUUAAAAAAAAAAAAAAAAGUUUAGAUGCUUAAAAAAAUGUUUCUUUUUCCCACUCACUCCCAUGCACCAAGAUGUGGGAGAUGAAUGGCCUGGCUGGCUGAUGGAGAGGACGAGGGGUGCUGGGUAACUCAUCGGGGCCUGUCAGGAUACACCAUCAGGGUUGUGUGAAACCAGAACGAUGCUGUGAAAAGAAAGUGAAAUCAGAGCAUUUCCUCAUUCACCAGCUCCCAGCUGCAGCAAGCGGAGGGACCUCCGUGCUGUCCCAGGUCCCUUGCGCCCAUCCCGAGGCUGAGCCAGGCUCCGUGGGAAGCUGCACCGUGUCUGGGCAGGCAGCUGAGCAGGAUGAAGCUGCUGGUGUCCCUCGCCUUCCUGGCCGUGCUUGCAGUGGCACUGGGGCACCCCGACCCCGCACUGGACUGGCACUGGCAGCUCUGGAAGAAAACCUACGGCAAGGAGUACCGCCAUGAGAAGGAGGAAGGGGACCGACGCGCAACAUGGGAGAGGAACCUGCAACUGGUGACGCUGCAUAAUCUGGAGUACUCCCUGGGGCUGCACUCCUACGAGCUGGGCAUGAACCACCUGGAAGACAUGGCCAGCGAGGAAGUGGUGGCUUUGUUAACUGGGCUGAACGUUGCUCCUCAGCCAAACCGGACCUCCACAUACCAACUGCAGCCUGGCAGCAAAGUCCCUGACACGGUGGACUGGAGGGAGAAGGGAUGCAUCACGGACGUGAAGUACCAGGAUGCCUGUGGGUCGUGCUGGGCAUUCAGUGCUGUGGGAGCCCUCGAAGCCCAGAUGAAGCUGAAGACAGGGAAGCUGGUGUCCCUGAGUGCCCAGAACCUCGUUGACUGCACCAGGAGCUAUGGGAACAAAGGCUGUGGUGGCGGAUGGAAAACCAAAGCUUUCCAGUACAUCAUCGACAACCAAGGGAUUGACUCAGAUGCGUCCUACCCCUACACGGCUCAGGACGGCGUGUGCCACUACAACCUGACGGCGUGGGCAGCCACGUGUUCCAGGUAUGUCGAGCUACCGCACAGCAAUGAAGCCACGCUGAAGGAUGCCGUUGCCAAUGUGGGGCCCAUCUCUGUCAGCAUCGAUGCCAGUCAGCCUACCUUCUUCUUGUACAAACCUGGUGUCUACCAUGACCCGAACUGCUCUCAGGUGGUGAAUCAUGCCGUGCUCAUCAUCGGCUACGGCUCUUUGGAUGGGGAGGACUACUGGCUUGUGAAAAACAGUUGGAGUGUGCAUUUUGGUGACCAGGGCUAUAUCCAGAUGGCAAGGAACCAUGGAAACCACUGUGGGAUUGCCAGCUAUGGUGUUUACCCCCAGAUCUAGAGGGGUUCCCUGCUUUUGGGACAAGCUCUUGAGAUGCCGUCACUCACCCUGCUGAUCUUAAGUGUGCCUGGCUUUACUCCAGCCUUCCUUUCUUGAGGAAUCCCAUUGCAUUUCUACAGAUAAGCAGCAGAAAUUAGGAGUGAUUGCAGUUGGCUUGUUCAAGCAUCCCAUCAAGUAUGACCAUCUCACUCACCCUGCCCAGGAACUUUUCCACUAAUAAGGGAUAAUCUGUUGGGAAUUAUUUCAAUUAUUUAGGUGGAAGGCUCUCUGUUGUCAUUGCUCACUCUUGCAAUCUCCAGCAGCUUUUUAGAAAAUGACUCAGCUGCAUCUUCAAAGCUCUUUAGACACUGUUUUGCUUCCUUCUCCUCUCUUAGAAGAUGUUUUUUUGCAGCCAUUUUAUGUCCAAUGGUGCUUCGUAGUGGUGAGAAAUGCACCCUCCUGCCUGGUUGUCCUUUGUGGGAACCCAGAGGAUGCCCUGAGAAGAGGCUGGAGCAUGAUUUCCAGGCAGCUGGAGACUUUGCUGACUGCGUUUUCAGCCUGCCUGCAAUGUAAUGUGCAUUAAAUUUGUCUCCUGCUGUCUAUGCAGCGCUGAGGCUGGUCAGAUCAGCUCUAUCCCAUGACUGUGUUUAAACUGCGUCUUCUCCUCCGUGCUACCCCACGGAAAAGUGAAUAAAUGUGAUUUUUCUUCCAA